CGCGGCCGCCGAGCGCCCGGGCGGCUGCCCCAGCUGGGCAGUGCUGCUCUGCGCCGCGCCGCGCUCGGUGCCCGCGCUCCCCGCUCCGCGCUCCCCGCCAGCCGCCCCGGGGCAGGAGGCGCGCCUGGCGGCCGGCCGGCCAGACAAAGGAGGCGCGGCGCGGCAGAGCCAGCGCGGGCCGACGGACCAUGGAAUCGGAGCGCGAGCGGCCGGCCCCAGCCCUGAGAACCCGGCGCCCCCGGGCCCGGCCCUAGGCGCCCGGCCCCUCCGCCCGGGGCGCGCAGCUGGGAGGACGCGGAGCCCGCGCGGCGCGGAGGAGGCGGCGGCCGCCGAGCUAGAGGGGCGCCGCGGCGGACCGCCCGCGCGGCCCCGGGAGCCAUGGGCAAGUGCAGCGGGCGCUGCACGCUCGUCGCCUUCUGCUGCCUGCAGCUGGUCGCUGCGCUGGAGCGGCAGAUCUUUGACUUCCUGGGCUAUCAAUGGGCUCCUAUCUUAGCCAACUUCCUGCACAUCAUGGCAGUCAUCCUGGGCAUCUUUGGCACCGUGCAGUACCGUUCCCGGUACCUCAUUCUGUAUGCAGCCUGGCUGGUGCUCUGGGUUGGCUGGAAUGCAUUUAUCAUCUGCUUCUACCUGGAGGUUGGACAGCUGUCCCAGGACCGGGACUUCAUCAUGACCUUCAACACGUCCCUGCACCGCUCCUGGUGGAUGGAGAAUGGGCCAGGCUGCCUGGUGACACCUGUCCUGAACUCCCGCCUGGCCCUGGAAGACCACCAUGUCAUCUCUGUCACCGGCUGCCUGCUUGACUAUCCCUACAUCGAAGCACUCAGCAGUGCCCUGCAGAUCUUCCUGGCUCUGUUUGGCUUCGUGUUCGCUUGCUACGUGAGCAAAGUGUUCCUGGAGGAGGAGGACAGCUUUGACUUCAUCGGUGGCUUUGACUCCUACGGAUACCAGGCGCCCCAGAAGACGUCGCAUUUACAACUGCAGCCUCUGUACACGUCGGGGUAGCUUCUGUCCCGCGCCCAUCCAGUUGCCAUGAGCUUGCCGGCUGGACUGAAGCCCUGGCCCGAGCUCGGGCCGAAAUGGCAGGCGCGCCCCCUGGCGGCUCGCGAACCGACUGCAGCCUGCGCCGGCUGGGUCUGCGGCCGACUUGGACUUGGCCCUUCCAGCCUGGCUCCAGGGGUGGGACGGGCUGGGCGGGGGAGGGGAUCGCGGGGUUUGUAUUUUUUUUAUCUCAGCCUUGGCGUGCGCUGGGGCCUCCCUCCCUUCUCCAGCCGCUCCCUUUAGAAACCCUUCACCCCACUUCCGGUCCCCUGUCCAGAGAGAAAUGGCAUUCGCCCCAUCUCACCACACUUGUUCACCAGCCCUGGGGAGAGUUACUGUGAACUAGAAGCAGGAGUCCUGGGUUCCAACUGCAGCUCCAUCACCAACUCUCUGUGUGACAUCUGGCAAGGCCCUUCCUUGCCCUCUCUGGGCCUCAGUUUCCCUCAAUUAAAAUAAUCUCUUAGAAGAUGGAGCUCUUUCUAGCCUUUUCAUUUGACUCUUAAUUCCAGGGGCUAGGCUGGGAUUAUAAUUCCCAUUUUGCAGAUAUGGAAACUGAGGCCCGGAGAUAUGAAGCGAUUUGCUUGAGGCCACACAGCUAGGCUUUUGGUGGAGGCAGGCCUUGAACACAGCAUACCUACUGUAGUUUCAGACUCUAAAACCCAGUGUCUGCUCUCUGAAUCCCAUUUCCAAGCCCCCAUCCAGCUGGGACACUCUAGAACCCACGUGAUCUACAUCACACACACCACCACCACCACUCGCCAGCGCCUCUCUUGAAGCAAUAUACCUGUUCUCCUGUUGGGAACCAGAUGAACAGAGCCCAGAGCCCUGAAUUCAGCCUGACCCACAGGGAAGCCCUCCUAGACUCGGCCCCCAUCCACCCUUGGCCAACCUUUCAAGCUCAUUACAGUAAGGGGGAGUGGGCAUAUCUCAGCCACCCCACCCCCUUCCAGGUCCCUGAGGCCGGGUCUGCUGCAGCCAUGAUCCCCUGUCCUCUCAGCAACUCCACCAACCCCUGAUGGCUCCAUCCACGUCACCCGUUGGAAGGUUCCAGAAUGGAAGACAGCUGGUCAGCACCUCCUGAGCACCAGUUUUCAAAGAUCACCAGCGUUUAUGACCACUCCAAUGUCCAAGAGAAACCUCUAACAAGCCCAGAGGGAGUUGUGAAGAGGCAGACUGGGAGCGUGGGUCGUGGUGUGGGGUCGGGAGGGCCAGCGCCCCUGAGAGCAAAUAGAGAGAAGAGCUCAUUCUCCCCAGCUCCUUCCACAGACACCCCUGAGGACCUUACUUCCUGUGUACUGGCCGUGAGUCCAAGGGCAGGAGGGGCAGCCCUCAGCUUCCCAGUCUGUGAAACAGGAGUGGCCCUGGAUUAAGAGGGAGGGCAGGAGGUGUGGGGGAAUGGGAGGGAAACACAGACGGUUUGUAUGCCUGAGCCCAUCCAUGGUGACCCUUCACUCCUUGCUCUCUACCCUCUGAUCUAACCUUCCCUACAUCUGAGGCCAAAGCAUCCUGAGCUAGGACCCCACCCCGCCAUCCCCUCUGCAGUGCUCUGCCAAGGAGCCAGCCCCAGGAGUUCCAGUGGUCACCCCAGGCACUGAGGUCCCAUAUGGUCUGCCCAGGUAGCUAGGGGUUCCGUUCAAGAAGGGGGCAGCUCCCUUCAGACCUGGCUGCUAUCCUGCCACCAGCCCACUCCUGUCUCCAGCCCUUUCCUCCCACCCCCACUCCCCAGCCUCCUUUCUACUCAACGGGUUUAGCCACUGGUGCUUUGAAGCCUUUUGUUUUUAUAAGAUGGUUUUUGCAAGGGACCAAGUUCUUUUCUCACUGGGACCUUGCAAGCCAGGGAGUGUACCCUGGUUUCUGUGCAGGUGGGUUAAUUAAAGAUGGUUGUUUCUUCUCUAUCAUCCUGUCCUCCUGCCCGGUGAGUCAGCAGGGUCCCUGCUUGAAGGUGAGCAGGGGCUGGGAGUCAAUGUCAUUGUCAUAAUCAUUCCUGGGGCACUGGCCUGUGCUUCUGACUGGCUGUGUAGCUUUGGGAAGUCACUCUUCCUCUCUUUCCUCAUCCAUAAAAUGCAGAGGUGGGGCUCAAUCAGUGGGUUCCCAAGCCUGGCUCACAUCCCUUGGAGAACUUUCUAUUCAUUUUUCUCAUUAAGUGGAUUGUAAGUUUAUGCUUCCAAAUAUCCUUUGCUUCUCAAGUCUGCCCUCUUCCUGACAACUCAGUUCCUGACUUAGAAUGAGCUGGCAGACAAUGCUUUAGAUGUAGAUUCUUGGGACAUCCUGGAUCUUUUCUAGCAAG